UGCUGCUCCUUCUCCAACCGGCUCCUCCUUUUUUAAUGCCUCCGCGUAGAACUUUUCCCUUGGCUCUCUCCCUCAUGGAAACCACUUUAACGGACCCUGUGAUGCUUUCCCUUGACGAGCGUUGGGAGAGACUUUCACACCUUACCCGGGUUCCGAAUUCCUUUUGACGUUGAAUCUUCUGAGUGGUCGGAGCCUGAUGUUGAGGUGGUGGUUGCUUUUCAGUGGGGGUGUUGUGUUUGCUGGGUGUCAAAGCAGUGGAGGACUUUGUUUUCUUUAAGUGGAGGAGUGUAUCUUUUGUGCUGUGUAGCCUUGUUUCCUUGUGAGCGAGAGAGACGGCCUGGGAGUAAGACUGCUGUAACGUGAUUCCCGUGCCAGCCAAGGAAGAGAAGAGCGCCUUUCGCCUUUCGCUGUUUAGCUGAAUGCUUUGAUAGAUAAUAGCAGACAUGCUUUGUGGACUAAAAAAGGAUUUGCAGUCUGGUUUUGAUGAUGGGCCUUAUUCGAAAGGAAGCAAAGACUCAGGCGGAUUGGAUACUGCAUUGGUCUCAAGAAGGCAAAGUAUACCAGAAGAAUUUAGAGGAGUCACGAUUGUGGAGCUAAUCAAAAAGGAAGGAAGCACCCUCGGAUUAACUAUUGCUGGUGGCACAGAUAAAGAUGGGAAACCAAGGGUCUCUAAUCUAAGGCCAGGAGGACUGGCAGCAAGGAGUGAUCAGCUAAAUGUUGGUGAUUACAUCAAGUCAGUGAACGGGAUUAACUUGACAAAAUUGCGACAUGAUGAAAUUAUAAGCCUACUGAAGAAUGUGGGAGAAAGGGUAAUAUUAGAAGUAGAAUAUGAGCUACCACUAGCUGCCCCUGAUAAUAGUGCUGGCAUCAUUCCAAAAACCAUUGAAGUUACCCUCUAUAAAGAAGGCAAUAGUUUUGGAUUUGUACUACGAGGAGGAGCCCACGAAGACUGGCAUAAAUCCAGGCCAUUACUACUGACUUAUGUUAGACCAGGUGGUCCAGCAGACAGGGAAGGGUCUUUGAAAAUUGGGGACCGGCUGUUGAGUGUGGAUGGGAUUCCUCUUCACGGUGUGAAUCAUGCUGAUGCGCUAAACAUUCUGCGUCAGUGCAACCAGGAGGCCCUGUUCCAGAUUGAGUAUGACGUCUCCAUAAUGGAUAUGGUAGCCAAUGCGUCAGGCCCUUUGCUAGUGGAAAUUGCAAAGGCUCCCGGCUCUGCCCUAGGAAUCACAUUAUCAAUGAACACCCAUCGGAAUAAACAGGUCAUAAUCAUUGAGAAGAUCAAGCCAGCUAGUGUGGGAGACAGAUGUGGGGCUCUGCAUGUAGGUGAUCAUAUCCUUUCCAUUGAUGGGACUAGCACAGAGCAUUGUUCCUUGUUGGAAGCCACCCAGCUGUUAGCAGCCACAUCAGAAACUGUUAAGCUAGAAAUACUCCCUGCUCACUACAGUAGACUUCCCCUCAAGCCUCUGGAUACAGUCAAAGUGCAGAAGAGUGAACACCACCACUGCUGGGAUCCUUGCGUCAGCUAUUGCCACACCCACCAUCCAGGACAUUGCAAGACACCUACCUGGAAUCAGACCAUCAGCCAGGACUAUUGUAAAUCUCUUGUAGCUUCCAACUUUGCAUCUCCCACCAUGAACACAUCAGGGUUGGCCUACCAGAAUUCCAAUACUCUACCUCGAAGCAAUCAUCCCAUGAGCCCACGGGCCACACUGAUGAGGAGAAGACAAAGGAAGAAGGAGCACAAAAGUUCAUUAUCAUUAGCUUCCAGCACUGUGGGUCCUGGUGGGCAGAUUGUUCAUACAGAAACAACAGAGGUGAUUUUAAGAGGAGACCCUUUGAACGGCUUUGGACUGCAGCUCCAGGGUGGGAUCUUUGCUACCGAAACCCUCUCUUCGCCGCCUCUCAUCCGUUUCAUUGAGCCAGACAGCCCAGCCGAAAGGUGUGGCCUUCUACAAGUUGGAGACAGAGUACUUUCCAUCAACAGCAUUGCAACUGAAGAUGGGACAAUGGAGGAAGCCAACCAGCUGUUGCGAGAUGCAGCACUUACGAAUAAAGUCGUGUUAGAGAUUGAAUUUGAUGUGGCAGAAUCUGUCAUUCCAAGCAGUGGUACCUUCCAUGUGAAACUACCUAAGAAAAGGGGUGUGGAACUUGGGAUUACUAUCAGUUCAAGCAGAAAGUCUGGUGAGCCUUUAAUUAUCUCUGAUAUCAAGAAGGGGAGUGUAGCACAUAGGACUGGCACCUUGGAGCCCGGAGACAAGCUGUUAGCUAUUGAUAAUAUCCGACUUGACAAUUGCUCAAUGGAAGACGCAGUGCAGAUUUUAAAACAGUGUGAAGAACUUGUCAAAUUGAAGAUCAGGAAGGAUGAGGAUAACUCUGAUGAGCAAGAAACCACCGGGGCUAUCAUCUACACAGUGGAAUUGAAGAGAUAUGGUGGGCCCCUGGGAAUCACUAUUUCAGGCACGGAAGAACCUUUUGAUCCCAUUGUCAUUUCAGGCUUGACAAAACGAGGGCUGGCAGAAAGAACUGGAGCUAUCCACGUAGGAGACCGGAUAUUAGCUAUUAAUAAUGUCAGCCUUAAAGGGAAGCCUCUAAGCGAAGCCAUUCAUCUACUCCAAAUGGCUGGAGAGACAGUAACGCUAAAGAUCAAAAAGCAAACCGAAAGUACCUACUUGCCUCAGGCUGUCAGCAUUGCACUUCAUCCCCAUGAAUGGAGAUCUAGCAGGCAGAAAAGCAGCACCCCUCCUGGAGAUGCCAGGAAGAGUUAUCCUUUUGCACAUGGUGGUUUCAAUGAGGAAGACUGGGAGAAGCCGAGCAGGUAUGUCCUUUUGGGGAAAGACAGGGGAGAAAUGAAUGCAUAUUGUUAUCUAUUGCAAGAAUCAAACAUUCAGGCAUGCUUCCUUUAAGUGUAAUUGAAAUGAUUCAUUGCAAUGGAAUAGGCUUUCAAUGAGCCUCUUCUACUCCAAAUUCUAAUUCUCACCAUCAGAACAAAUGAUUAUUAAAG